AUGCCUCCUCGAGUCCAGUGCCCAGGUAUUGGGUCUAUCAUCAGACAACAAUCGCGCCAAAGGAUAUCACCCAGGCAUCGACCGACAUUACAAACCACCACCCCAGCGCUCGUUGAAUCAUCAGUGCUGGCGAGGAGGACCUAUGCAACGGCUGCGCCAUUGUCUAAACUAGGAGGCCUUCAGCUCCCGGCCGACUACGUUCCCCCGACCCAGCCCCCCAGCGCGCGACGACCAGAGACACGAAAGUCACAGCUGCUCCGAGCAUACACCUCACUACUGAGGUCAACGCCUUUGACCCUCAUCUUUCAGCAUAACAACCUCACCUCGCAAGAAUGGGCCGCAGUCCGCCGAGAACUACGGGCCGCCCUGGCCAAAGUGCCGAUCCCCACGACUCCCGAGGGCAUACCGCCGCCCGUUGAUAUCGUCAAGAACAUCCAGCUACAGGUCAUCAGGACACGUAUUUUUGACCAAGCCUUCAAGGUGGUUGAAUUCUUUGACCCGGAGGCGGCGGCUGCCGAAACGCCCGGCAUGAAGAAGUACAACCACGAUCUGUCCAAGGCUGCAUAUGAAGCCACGUCCAAGAUCGACCUCGAAGCAGUUCCGGAUUCAUCCAUGUACAAGCAGAUCGCUCCGCUCCUGGUCGGACCUAUUGCUCUUGUGACCUUCCCCACCGUGUCCCCGGACCACGUCGCCGCCGUCCUGCGUACGCUGGCCCCCAGCGCGCCGGCCUUCCCGGCGCCGACGAGGAGGGCAUCUCCUAGCUACCACGAGCCCGUCGCCCGCAGUGGCAUGCAGAAGCUUUUGCUGGUGGGCGGCCGCGUUGAGGACCGCGUCUUCGACCUCGACGGCGUCAAGUGGCUCGGCGGCAUCCAGGGUGGCCGCGACGCUCUGCGUGCCCAGGUGGUGCACAUGCUUCAGAGCGCCGGUCUUGGCCUCACUAUGGCGCUUGAGGGCGCGUCCAAGAGCCUGUGGCUCACCAUGGAGUCGAGGAGGACCCAGCUCGAGGAUGAAGCCAAGGGACCGGAAGAAGCUGCGGAGAAGAAGGAGGAAGAGGCACAGAGCUAA